UUUCACGUGAUUGCUCGAGUGGGUGGGCCUUGGAGCGGACGUCGCUUCCGCUUUUCCUGUGGCGUGGGGAAUAGGCUGAGAGGCAGGCAGAAGGGAAGACAGUUAGAGCACCAGGCGCUGAGCAGAACCAUUUUGUUCUUCCUAGAAUGCCUAAAUCAAAAGAACUUGUGUCUUCAAGCUCAUCUGCCAGCGAUUCAGACAGUGAAGUUGAUAAAAAGGCAAAAAGGAAAAAAACAGCAGCGCCAGAAAAGCCUGUAAAGAAACAGAAGACUGGUGAAAGUUCCAAAGGUGCUGCUGCCUCCAAGCAAAGUAGCAACAGAGAUGAGAAUAUGUUUCAGAUUGGUAAAAUGAGAUAUGUCAGUGUUCGUGAUUUUAAAGGUAAAGUCCUAAUUGAUAUUAGGGAAUACUGGAUGGAUCAAGAAGGUGAAAUGAAACCUGGCAGAAAAGGCAUCUCUCUAAAUCCAGAACAGUGGAGCCAGUUGAAGGAACAGAUUACUGAUAUUGAUGAAGCUGUAAGAAAACUGUAAAGACAAGCCAUACAGAAACUCUACUGUUAGAGGUUUAAGUAGUCUUUUUACAUUGGCAUUCAUUUUCUAAACUAUUUGUUUUCCAAGCUAUUGUAUAUUUGGAUUGCAAAACAAUUUGUAAGAUGAACGCUUUUUUUAAUGUGCAUUAAAAGUGUAUUCUGAGUGAAGUUACAAA